AUGUCAGCCAACGCCAUGGGCAACUCAACCUCAUCCGGAUUAGAGGGAGCUGGAGCCGUGACAGGUGUGGAUGUCUUUAGCCCUUCAGGGAGCUACAAUGGUAGCUCCUUCAGCAGUAGCGCAUGGUGCAUCAGGGGAAGCGGUCCCUGGCUACUAGCGAGCGUGCUGUCCCUCAUCAUACUGAUGACUGCCUGUGGAAACACGCUCCUCAUCACCCUGGUCUUCACCCAGCGUUCUUUGCGCUGCACCUCUAACUGCUUCCUGGUGUCGCUGUUCCUUUCCGACCUGAUGGUGGCGCUAGUGGUCAUGCCCCCUGCCAUGCUGCACGUGUUGUGCGGCGCCUGGGUGCUCUGGCCGGGCUUCUGUCCAGUGUGGCAAUGCUUCGACGUCAUGUGUUGCAGCGCCUCCAUUCUCAACCUGUGCGUGAUUAGCUUGGACCGCUACCUGUUCAUCAUCUCACCUCUAUGCUACAAGCAGAGGAUGACCCCUCCAAGGGCUCUGCUGCUGGUGGGAGGGGCCUGGGGCCUGGCAGCCCUGGCCUCUUUCCUCUCCAUCAAGAUGAACUGGCACAGCUUGGGGCAGUCUGCUGCCAGCACCAACAUCAGUACCCCUCUCGAACUGAGGGCUCUCUACCCAGAAUCCUACUUCAGGGAAUUGGUGUCUACUUCCGGGCGCUUGUCCUUCCAGUGUCGCCUAAACGUCACGCUGCCCUUCGCCGUGGUGGCAUCCGUACUCACAUUCCUUCUGCCCUCCAGCGCAAUCUGCUUCACCUACUGUCGCAUCCUGCUGGCGGCAAGGAGGCAGGCGAGGAGGGUAGCUACUCUCAGUCACCCGCCGUACCCGUAUCACUCCCCCCGGGAGCCCUCACGACCUCCGACCCCAGGGGGCAUGGCACUGCACGGCGAGGACUACAGCCAUCCGGAACCUCCUGUGUCACGCAAUGUGCCGUUGUCGGUGAACAGCGAGUGUAGACUGGCUCACAGGCAGGGUCGGAGGGCACUAAAGGCCAGUCUGACCCUGGGAGUCCUCCUGGGCCUCUUCUUCGGUGCCUGGCUGCCCUUCUUCAUCACCAACAUGGCCCAGGCGGUAUGUCCCAAGUGUGUGCCCCCUGCCCUCUUUGAGGCCAUGACCUGGCUGGGCUACUGCAACAGCACCAUGAACCCCAUCAUCUACCCACUCUUCAUGCGAGACUUCAAACGAGCCUUCGGGAGGCUCCUGCCUUGCUGCCCCUCCCACUCCCCUCGGAGGCCCUCGCCGGCCCUCUCGCUCUCCCUCCGCAACUCCGGGGAACCCAACCUGGCGACCGAGCCACCCUCCCUGGCGUCGGAUCCGCCCCAGCCCCCCGCCACCGCCACGGACGCCGUCAACCUCUUUGACGCCGAGCACGCGGGGAUGGAACUGCCGUUGCUUUUACCCAAUCAGGUGGAUACGCUGGACUGA